AUGUCUUCACAAUCUUCAUCCACCGAUGUCAUCACUACACUAGAAUCAAUAGCAACAUAUUUAUUUCGAUUUGGUGGUCUCAUUUUGGUUGUCUUUGGUAGUAUAGGUUGUAUACUCAACGUUAUGGUAUUUUCUCAAAAAUCUUUACGCAAAAAUCCAUGUGCUACCUACUUGGCAGUUGAGAAUAUUUUUAAUUUGCUAUUUAUUAACUCAUUACUCUUAUCUAUAACAUUAGAAAGUGGUUAUAGUAUUUAUUUUACUUCAAAGAAUAUUGUUCUCUGUCAUUUCUUCAAUCGAUCGAGNUCAAUUGAUCGAGUUUUUGUUACUUCACCAAAUGCUUCUACUCGACAACGAAGUACUUUACGCUUCAGUUAUUUCUGUAUUAUUGGUGGAACAAUAUUCUGGAUGUUAUUUCAUAGUCCUUCAUUAGUCUUUACAAAUAUUACACAAAUUGGCGAAAACAUUUAUAUGUGCUUUUAUCAUGUAGGGUUUUAUCUGGCAUUCAUUAGUUUUUAUUCGAUUAUCAAAGAAAGUUCAUCUACUUUGUUAUUAUUAAUAUGUGGAAUAUGGGCUGUGAAAAAUAUUCGACGUUUACGACGUGUUAUACUUCCGAUUGUUUCAUCAUAUAGUACGGUUGUAAGAUACGCGGGUUCACAUAUUAUUCAUUCAANGAAUGUGAUAAAUUUAACAUUGGAUCAAAAAAUCAUAAGAGAAAAAUGCGAAUUUUACUUUCCAAAUGUUGAAUCAUUAACAUUAGAAAAUGAAUCGGAUACUUUGACAUAUGAUGAUAAUUAUUUUCUAUAUAUAGAACAUGUUCAACUUUUGAAAAGAAUUGUUAAUUUAAUUAAUUUAAAACAUUUAUGUGUUUCAUCAAAAUGUAAAAUAGAUAUGUUAUCAGUAUUAUUAGAAAUAUUCAAACAAUCACCACAACUAUCAUCAUUAACUAUCGAUCCAUUUAUAUUAUCGAUAUUAUACAAUGAUAAUGAAUUAUGCAGAUAUUUGAAUAAAAUGAUUAAAAAAUUAGAUAUAUACAAAGAACAUAAUGAUAUAUUGUAUGAGUUUAAUACAAUUCCGAAAUUUUGUCAAGUAUUUUCAAAUCUUACACAAUUAAAAUGUAAUAUUCGACAAUUGAAUAGUUUGUUAUUUUUGUUAAAUAAUUUACUAAAAUUAUCAUAUUUAUUUGUUGUUGUAUCAUUAAUGGAUGAAAAUUUUAUUGAUCAAUUUAAAGAUGAAAUAUUGAAAUUGAACGUCAUCUAUGAAAUAGAUUAUGAUUAUUUAACUCAUGGGAUAUCGAAGACAAAAAUAUGUAUUUGGAUCGAUUGA